AACUGUUGCAUUCGAGACCAGAUAAUUUUCACAAGUUUGAUCAAUAAAUUGUUCACCGAAACGUUACGCUAAGAGAUUUUUCCGAGAGUCAAAGUAUAAUAAAAUCAAAUGCAAUGCGUUUCAAAUGUUUCUUCUCGCACAAAAAAAAAGAUAAGGGAGGUAAAAUGUUCCCGAUUGCUGUCGAUGAAAGAGAUCCAGAAAAACGAAAACCACCAGUGCUGGGAUCUGCUGUCAGAAAAUGCAAGAGCAUCAGCAAUGAACUGUGUUACAAUGCUGGACAGAAAACAUUCGAGAAGAGUCCAAAUGUAGGCGAUAUUCCAGAGGACAUACCAUCCCCUCCACCAUCACCAUCCCCGCCAAAAUCACCGAAAAAACAGCCCAAGAGGAGGGAAUCGAUGUUCGAGUACAAGUCAGAGGCGGCUCGCAAGGUGGAGCAGAUCGCCCGGAUAAGGGACCAGCGUCGUCAGAAGCAGGCGGACGAGAGGGCGCUACGCGAGCAGAUAAUCCAAUGCGAGCAGAACCACCCCUAUUGGGAGUUCGAGCAGAUGAUCGGCGAGUUCAAGAGCGGCAAAGAGUUCCAUCCGCUGCGGGAGACGGAUCCAGUGGUGGAGAACCAGAUAACGGUGUGCGUGAGGAAGAGGCCGCUGAACGACAAGGAGCACCACAAGAAGGAGAUAGACGUGAUGAGCGUGCCGACCAAGAACCAGCUGAUAGUGCACGAGCCGAGGCAUAAGGUUGACCUCACCAAGUACCUGGAGAACCAGCUCUUCCGCUUCGAUUACGUCUUCGACGAGUCCUGCACCAACGACAUCGUGUACAAAUUCACGGCUAAGCCCCUGGUGAAGACGAUCUUCGAGGGAGGAAUGGCGACCUGCUUCGCGUACGGACAGACGGGCUCUGGAAAGACGCACACCAUGGGUGGGGAGUUUCGAGGAAAGCAACAAAACUUCAAAAAUGGUAUAUAUGGCCUGGUAGCAAUCGACGUUUUCAACUACAUCAACCAUCCAAAAUACAUCAGAGAAGACUACAUUGUAUCUGCCAGCUUCUUUGAAAUAUACGGCAAAUUAGUGUUCGACCUGCUGGCCAAGAAAAAACGUCUCCGCGUCCUGGAAGAUGGCAAGCAGCAGGUUCAAGUAGUGGGACUAACAGAAAGGGUUGUAUCCAAGGUUGACGACGUGAUCGAUCUCAUCCAGAAGGGAAGCUUAGAGAGAACUUCGGGGAUGACCUCUGCGAACUCAAAUUCAUCAAGAUCUCACGCCGUCUUCCAGAUCAUCAUAAGAAAGAACAACGCCAGAAACAUAACUGGAAAAUUUUCGCUCAUAGAUUUAGCUGGCAACGAAAGAGGCGCUGACACCUUCAAUUCUAACAGGCAGACAAGACUGGAAGGUGCAGACAUCAACAAAUCCCUGCUGGCCUUGAAGGAAUGCAUCAGAGCACUGGGAAAAAAGGGUUCACACUGUCCCUUCAGAGGCAGCAAACUGACGCAGGUCUUGAGAGAUUCCUUCAUAGGAGAAAAAUCCAGGACCUGCAUGAUAGCGUUGAUCUCCCCAGGGGUUGCAUCAGUCGAGCAUUCGCUGAACACCCUCAGAUACGCAGACCGGGUGAAAGAACUGGUAGCGAGUGAAGAUUUCGUAGAUGAUAACUACUACGCGCAAGGAGAAGACCUGUUGAAUGACUUGGAAGACAUGGAGGAGGAGAACGAAGACGAAGAGGAGGAAGAGAGCACCAAAGGUCUGAUGGACGAGAUAAAUGCUUUGGAAAACAACGUCUUGGAAAACAACAGAUUGGUGAUAGAAAGCUGUGCGCACUUUCAUCGCAUGGCAUGCGAACUCUACAACAACAGCCAAGAGAACGGGCAUAGCAAGCAGACUUACGCCAGAAACUGGAAGAAUUUACUGAGAGAAAUGAUCGAUAUUCAGAGGGCGGCCUUCAUAAAGGCCUCGGAAUUUUGUAACGUUCUGGAAGAAAACUGUAUUCCAUAAUAACCUCUAAUCAAUUAACAGAUAAAUUAUUCAAAUUAAAGGGUAUUCUUUCAUAAUUUGUAAUGUUGCCUGUAUCUUCUCUAUUUUUACAAUUUACGAUUGUGAUAUAGUCAGUCCAGAUAGCUCGAAAAUGUUUUAUAUAUUGGAGUCGGCAGUCUCGAGAUUUUCAAAAAAAAUUUAUGAAUUUAUAAAUUGUCUCUUUCUCAAGGUAUGAUUAUUUGGUGAAAUAUACGAUGAAAAUUUCUCUAUU